UCCUUCCCCACGUGUGUCUUUUUUCCUUUGGAUUGUACAUUUAUUUAUUUACCAGAAUAAUGCGGCCAUUAACGGAUGAAGAGACGAAAACACUGUUUGAAAAGCUCUCCAAGUAUAUCGGAGAGAACAUUAAGCUUCUUGUGGACAGACCAGAUGGGACCUACUGCUUCAGACUGCACCAUGAUCGUGUGUACUACAUCAGUGAGAAGAUCUUGAAGUUGGCCACGAAUAUCUCCCGGGACAAGCUGGUGUCCGUGGGGACGUGUUUCGGGAAGUUCACGAAGACUCAAAAGUUUCGGCUGCACAUCACAGCCCUGGAUUUUCUCGCUCCUUACGCAAAGUAUAAAGUGUGGGUGAAGCCCGGAGCCGAGCAGUCGUUCCUCUACGGAAACCACAUUAUGAAGUCCGGCCUGGGGAGGAUCACAGAAAACACGUCUCAGUACCAAGGAGUGGUGGUUUACUCCAUGGCAGACGUACCACUGGGAUUCGGAGUGGCGGCGAAAACCACGCAGGAAUGCCGAAAAGUGGAUCCCAUGGCCAUCGUGGUGUUUCACCAAGCUGAUGUAGGAGAGUACAUCAGAAACGAGGACACGCUCACAUAACCAACCAGCUCGCUAACACACACUCCUGCAUCUCAGGAUGGGACUGAUGUUUUUUUUUUUUCUUUUUUUCUUUUAAUAGACGUUGUGUCGUAUCAGUCAUGUGUCAGUGUGUAGCGCCGAGUGUCCGUCUGGCUCUCAGUUGGACAGACAAACAUGGAUCAGCUGUAAAUCGUUGAAUAUCUGGUGGAUUGUUUUCCACAUUUGGACAUUUUCUAGUUAAAACCUAAGGUUAAGAUUUUAUUAACCUGAAACCUGCACGUAGGUGUGAAACCAACAGGAAGUCUUUUUCUGACUCCAACACAUUUUCCAAACCUAUUCUUAGUACAAACAUACGGUUUACUGCAAA